GCAUCCUCUCAUCUAUCAACUCAUCCCCCAAACCCAAGCACACCCGAUCAACUAGUUCGAGCAAGGAGUUCAUCUCAAAACCACACAGCUCCUAGUAUAGCUUGUUACUCCUAGCCAGUAGCAAAGACACAGUGACUUGCUUCACAAACACGAGCGGGCAGCUCGGACCCAACGAUCCAUCAAGCAACAACUAGCGACAUGGCUUUCGCACUCCAGGCUGCAUCGACCACCCUGUCGUCUGCUUCGUCUCCGGCGGUUCCAUCGUCGCCGCUCCCCCGGCGCGCGUCAGCGAUGCUGACGACGAUGCCGGGCCGGAGGAGGUCUGUGAUGGCGACUGUAAGGGCGGCCGCGGUGGCUCCGGCCAAGCAGCCUGCCACCACGCCGUCGUUCAAGCUCGCCGGUGCCGGCGGGAGAUGCCUGCCGGUGUCGCAGACCAUGGCCAGGCUCAAGGCGCAGGGCAAGACGGCGUUCAUCCCGUACAUCACCGCCGGCGACCCCGACCUGGCGACGACGGGGGAGGCACUGCGGCUGCUGGACGCCUGCGGCGCCGACGUCAUCGAGCUCGGCGUGCCCUUCUCCGACCCCUACGCCGACGGGCCCGUCAUCCAGGCUUCGACGGCGCGGGCGCUCGCGAGCGGCACGACGCCGGACGGUGUCCUGGCGAUGCUGAAGGAGGUGACGCCGGAGCUGUCGUGCCCGGUGGUGCUCUUCUCCUACUUCAACCCCAUCGUGCACAGGGGGCUCGCUGAAUUCGCCGCCGCCGCCAAAGAAGCCGGUGCCCACGGUCUCAUAGUACCUGAUCUCCCGUAUGCGGCGACGUGUGCUCUCAGGAGUGAAGCUAUGAAGAACGAGCUCGAGCUGGUGCUGCUCACAACACCAAGUACACCAGAAGAUAGGAUGAAGGAGAUCACAGAAGCAUCAGAAGGAUUUGUUUAUCUGGUGAGCGUCUCUGGAGUUACGGGUCCCCGCGCAAACGUGAACACACGUGUCGAGUCCCUUAUCAAGGAGGUUAAACAGGUCACUGACAAACCUGUGGCUGUUGGCUUUGGCAUCUCGAAACCCGAGCAUGUAAAGCAGAUUGCAGAGUGGGGUGCAGAUGGGGUGAUUAUUGGCAGCGCAACGGUGAGGCAGUUGGGUGAAGCGGGGUCUCCCAAAGAAGGGUUGAAGAGAUUAGAGGGAUAUGCCCGGAGCAUGAAGAACGCACUGCCAUAAUCCGUAGAUAGAUACAUGUGCCAAUAAAUGAUUAGCUCGACUAUUCCCUGGUCUCCGACAAAGAAAGAUGUACACUAGUCAUCGAUGCUUUGUAUCUUAGGAGGCGUUUUCUUCCACUGUCUUAUUUUUAGCACGUGUCACAUCGAA